UUGUUCUUCAAAUGAGUUUUGAUUUUGCAGGUUGUACCACAUUGGGCUGAUAAUAAUAAGAGGGCCGCCUUCAUGGAGUUGGUCAAGAAUUGGGUCGGCGAAAACCCCGAUUUCAAGGCCGUGAGCGACCGGAACAAGGCCAACCGUGGUUCUCAGGGAACACACACUGCGGGGAGCAGCAGCACCGAUCGCUAUCGGGAGCGUCUGGGGAAGAAGCUCGGGAGGGAACUUGGUGAGAUGGAAGCGUGGACGCACAUGAAGCUGGUGACGCCCGGUCCGAACGAGCCUCGGCCCGCGCCUGAGAUGUACUACGGCAAGGCCAAAGAGAACAAGGAAAGAUACUGCGAGGAGUACGCCAAGCUCCAUCCAGAGGUGGAGGACCCUAUGACCGAGCCGGUCGACGAGGUGGCGAUGAUGCCGGCGGGUGGACGAGCAACCGGAUGGCGGUAA